AUGGCGAUCCCGAAGAUCAAGUUCUACACGAAUCAUCGCUGUCCUUAUGCCCACCGGGUGAAUAUCACACUGCGGGAACUCAAACUCCCGUUCGAGGAAGUUGUCAUCGAUCUAGACGUCCCUCGCCCUCAAUGGUACCUAGAUAUCAAUCCUCAAGGCGCCGUCCCAGCGAUCGAGUAUUCGGAGCAAGACUCUUCGCACAAGCAAAUCGUCACCGAGAGCGCCGAAAUUGCUCAAUUCUUAUGCGAGAAACACCCAUCGCCGCUUCUACCAGCUCUAGGCCAGCCCAACUUUGCCAAUCGACGUGAAAGAAUGGAUCAUUUUAUUGAAGUUUUCAACACAAAGAUCCUGCGUUACCAGUUCAAGGUCAUGCGUGCCUCAAAUGAGGAUGAACAACAAACUAGGGCAAAGGAAUGGGCAGAUGUCAUGAGCAAAGAGCUAGAACCUCUUCUCGAAGGUGCUACGCCUUUCCUUGCUGAAAGUAAGGAUCUCACAUUCGCCGAGGUGCUUGCCGCUCCGUUUGUGGUUCGCUGGUACAUUCUCGCCAAGGACGGAGUACUGCUGCCGAGCAGUUUCAAAGAUAGCAUGGAUGCCUUACCGAAUUUCUCUCGCUGGAGACAAGCGAUCGAAACCAGGGAAAGCGUUAUGGGAUAUGAUGAGCAGGAGGUCAUCGAUACGCUCAAGAAAGCGCUCAACAAGAAGUGA